AUGGUUGCUGCUAAUAAUAGCAAGCUGGAGACUCCAUUGCAUGAAGCUUGUUGUCAAGGGAAUGUUGAUGUCUUAAAGCUGCUAUUGGAUAUCAAUUCCUGGGCAGCUUGUAAGCUUAACUCUGACAACCAGAGUGGCUUUCUUAUGGCUUGCAAUCAUGGGAAUCUCGAUGUGGUUAAGCUCCUUUUGAAAACUAGAGUUGGUGAUGCAGGAAUUGUUAGGAAGAUUUUAGAUGUGUGCCCAAGCUUGAUUCAGAAGUUUGACAGGAACGCUUCUUCACCAUUACACUGCUCUUGUCAUAGAGGGCACGUUGAGAUAACAAGAAUGCUCCUACAGGUAGAUGCAGACCUUGCUCAGGAAUUUAAUAAUGAUGGUUACACACCUUUGCACUUGGCAGCAAUGAAUGGCAACACUGCAAUUCUAGAAGAAUUCACUUCAAUGACUCCAACAUCUUAUCAGUGUUACACGAAGAAUGGAAAGAAUGUUUUUCAUCUAACUGUGAGAUACAACCACUACAAUGCUUUCUUAUACUUGGUACAUAUUUUCAAUGAUACCGAUAUAUUCCACUGUCCAGAUCAAUAUGGUAACACAAUCUUACAUAUUGCAGCCUCUGGAGGUCACCAUCAGGUGAGAAAUGAAAAUGAUAUCUGUUUGUCGAUGCUUCUACUGGUUUUAUUGUGUGCAUGUGUAUUUUUCCUAAUUAAACUUCUGAAAUUCCAAUUUGUUACAGAUUGUGGAUUACUUGAUCAACAAACAGUGGUGGAUAUUAGUUACCAGAACCAUAAAGGACUCACAGCCCUUGAUAUCCUCAACCAGGCCGAUGGAAAUGUGCAUAUUAAAUGGAUCAAGCAUCAAGUGGAACAAAAUUCUGAAAUUCAGGACAGUAACACAUCCGAACCAGAAUGCUUGUUGAAGCAGACUACUAAUACCCUGACCAGUUUUGGGCAACAGAAAUGUCGCAGUGGAAAACGAUGGGAAGAGCUAGUAGAACUUUAUAGAUUUCAUCAAAACAAGCAAGACGAGACAUACAGAGAGGCAGUUCAGAAUGCCAGGAACACGAUUACACUGGUGGCUAUUUUGAUUGCCACAGUUACAUUUUCAGCUUGUAUAAGCCCCCCGGGUGGUGUCUAUCAGGAUGGACCACUGAAAGGAAAGUCCGUGGUGUACAAAACAACAGCUUUCAAGGUAUUUGUAUUAAGCAAUAAUAUCGCAUUGUUCACUUCUCUAUGUAUUGUUGUUGUUCUUGUUGGCAUCAUUCCUUUCCAAAGAAAACCUCAGAUGAUGAUACUGAAGGUUGCUCACAAGGUAAUGUGGAUAGCAUUGUCGUUCAUGACAACAGCUUACAUUGCAGCAACAUGGGUCAUCAUUCCAGAUGGUAAGGGAACAGAAUGGAUAUUUGUGGUGUUACUGUCGAUUAGUGGAGGCACUAUAGGCACAGCUUUUCUUGGGUUAACUGUGAUGAUGGUUAAGCAUUGGAAUCGAAAGCAGAAAUGGCGAAAAGAGAGAAAGAAAAACGGGGACAGACUUGCAGACAACAGAAUGCAAACCUUACAUUCUUUUCCGAUCUUGAGAGCUCCAACCUUCAAGGAUAUCACCCAUUCUAAAAACUAGUCUCAAAGUUUUUUGUGUGUGUGUGUGUGUAUUCUUUUUGAAUGUUAAUAAACAAUGUCAUAAUGUUAAUAAGAACAUUAAUAUAACUAAUUGUAACCAUGAGACUUCCUGGAGCUAUACAUGAAUAACUAAAUAGAGGUUAUAUGUCAUAAACUCGAAUUUAUAAUAACAGACCACCGGAAACAGUCUGUUCUAAUUUGAAAACAAUGUAUCUACCAGAAAAUGCUAAAGCUAAUAUCAGUUUUAACAAAAUGCAUGAUAGUGAUUGGUGCCAUGUCAACUACAUGUUAAAAUGAAUUUCUUAAUUAAAAUUUUUGCUUUGUGCUUUAAAUUAACACACAUUGUAAGGUUAACAACUUAACAUCAUCAUUGAAUGUACAAAAUCACAAACUCUAAUUUGGUGUUUGGUGCGAUAUCCAAACUAUUUUAAAUUGAAGGAAGAUGCUAAAGUUAAUGUCAGACAAUGAUAUUUAUUGGUGCCACAUCAAUUACAUAUUAGAUAAAGAGUAAUGAUUAUCACACACUCGCUAUUGCACCCUCCCUACACACAAUUCCACAAUUUGAACUUAAAUCAACUCGUGCUUUCAAAACAUGAUUUCAAAGGAAGUGGUAGGCUUUCAACUCAAUCCCAAUAGCACGCAAAUUAGCUUCCAAGGUUAAGCAGUCUCUACAAAGUGUGCUAUAGUGAGUGUGUUACAAGAUCUUCCCUUGGAUAAAUUUCUUAAUUAAUUUUUUGUGAUGUGUUUAAAAGUUAACACAUCACUUUUUAAACUUCAAUAUCAUGCAUAGAAUGCAUCAAAUCACAAAACUCUUGGUCUUGGGUGGUUAGUUAAAAAUCUAAAGUAUUUAAGUUUGAAUUGAGAAACCAAUCAUAUUGAUUACAAAAGUCAAUAGUGAAAAGUGAUUUAGACCCCCUUUAGUUUAUUAUAAGCGGAAUUAAUUGCUUUUUCUUGAGUUGCUUCUUGUAUAAAUGAUCUUGAACUCAUUUGAACGGUUACAGACUCAUUUGACAGUUAUAUUAUCAUGGAAUUUGCCAACUCUAAAACAUAACAAAUAUCAUGGGAGAGAGAAAUAGUACCGCAGGUAAAAAAAAAAAAAACAGCCAAGUCAACACUCUGUCACUCCCUUCCAUGUGCUCCAACUCUUUCGUUUUCUUCUUCGUUGUCUUUGGUACCAAACUCCCAGUUAUAGUUUGGAUCGUGGGUUUUUGAUUGGUUUAAGAAUAUGUAAGGAUUUAUUAAAGGAAAACGGGCCUGGGUUUUUGGAUUUUGAAAGUUAUGAGAGAAAGAUAAU